UUCAUAAGUAUUGUUCUUUUUCAGAUUCAAAUCGUAAAGAAAGAGAAUCAAAUUUAACAUAAUAACAAUGUCGAGUGAUGAAGAAUUUUGCGAAUGCAGGCCUUUGGGUUUCUUCCUUGGAUUACCCUUUGCUUUUCUCUCUUUGAUUUUGUCUCUUCUAGGUGCAAUUAUUUGGCUUCUCGGGUCAAUAUUGAAUUGCUUUUGUCCAUGUUGCAUAUGCUGCACAGGAUUAAUUAAUGUUGCUGUGAGUUUGGUAAAGCUUCCAGUUCAAGUUCUUAGAUGGUUCAUUGACCAAAUUCCUUGUUAGAGGAUAAACAUUAAUUUGUAGCAUAAACUACCUUUUCUUAGUUUAUCCUAAAUUUGGAAUUAGUUUCUUGGGAAUUUCUCAAUUGAAACCAAUAUAAUUUAGUAGAUAUAGAAAACUUGCAUAUUACUAGUACAUAUAAAGAGCUUCUAAUUGAGGUGCAAAAGUUAGUUUUAACUUUUAUUAGAAGAUUCACAAUCAUUGUAAAUUAAUUAGUACAAUUUAUUGUUUUUUAAAAAUUUAGUUAACACUAAUUAGUUUGACU